CACGCACUCAUUUACUCUCCUUUUCUCAUUGAUCUUGCCCACUCCAAUUGUGGGCGCCGGCAUCACGUCUUCCACCUCCUCCUUACUCUUCCUUCGUAUCGUCGAUCGAUCCGCAGCUGGUCCUGCAUUUGGCGCGUUCCAUCCCUGCUCCCGCUUCCGCCUUUCCACCUCCCCCCACCUCCCACCUCUCUUCUGUCGCUUCUACUCAAGCAAGAAGAAAAAAUCCAACAAAAUGCCUCCCAAGAAGCAGCAAGUUCAGGAGAAGGUCUACCUGGGUCGUCCCGGAAACAACCUGAAGAGUGGUAUCGUUGGUCUUGCCAACGUCGGCAAGUCGACACUCUUCCAGUCUAUCACCAAGUCCUCCCUGGGUAACCCGGCCAACUUCCCCUUCGCCACCAUUGACCCCGAGGAGGCCCGCGUAAUCGUCCCCGAUGAGCGGUUCGACUGGCUCGUUGACCACUACAAGCCCAAGUCCCAGGUUCCCGCUAACUUGACCGUCUAUGAUAUUGCUGGUCUGACUCGCGGUGCUUCCACCGGUGCUGGUCUGGGUAACUCUUUCCUGUCGCACAUUCGUGCCGUCGAUGCCAUCUUCCAGGUUGUUCGCUGCUUCGAUGAUGCCGAGAUCAUUCACGUCGAGGGUGAUGUUGACCCUUGCCGUGAUUUGACCAUCAUCAACGAGGAGCUGCGCAUCAAGGAUAUUGAGUUUGUGACCAAGGCUCUUGAAGCUCUGAAGAAGCAGACCCGUCGUGGCGGACAGUCCCUUGAGAUGAAGAAGCUGAAGGAAGAGGAGGCCACCACUGAGUUCAUUCUUAAGUUCCUCGAGGAUGGUCAUGACAUCCGCAGCAAGACUGACUGGACACCCAAAGAGGUCGAAGUCAUUAACCCUCUGCUCCUCCUCACUGCCAAGCCUGUGGUGUACUUGGUUAACCUGAGCGAGAGAGAUUACAUUCGUCAGAAGAACAAGUACCUCCCCAAGGUCUUCGAAUGGAUCAAGGCCAACUCCCCUGGUGACCCCAUCCUGCCCAUCUCGGCUCAGUUCGAGGAGCGUCUGACUCUGAUGCACGACGAUGCCGCCGCUGCUGAGGAGUGCAAGAACCUGAACACCCAAUCUGGUCUGCCCAAGGUCAUCACCACCAUGCGCAAGGUUCUCAACCUGGCCAGCUUCUUCACCACUGGUGAGGAUGAGGUUCGCCAAUGGACCAUCCGUAAGGGUAUCAAGGCCCCCGCUGCGGCCGGUGUUAUUCACACAGACUUCGAGAAGACUUUCAUUCAGGCUAUUGCGUACAACUACAGUGUUCUGCGCGAACUCGGUGAUGAAGCUGCCGUCAAGGCCGCUGGUAAGAUCAUGACCAAGGGUAAGGAUUACGUCGUCGAGGAUGGCGAUAUCCUCCUUAUCAAGGCUGGUGCUGCCAAGCACUAGGUUCAGAUAGAAAAUACGUCUAUGAAUUAUAUCCCUGAAUGAAUCUUGUGAAUAAAACUAUCUACUUUCUAUCUGUAUCAGCACAA